CGUUCUCGAGGAGGGGAAGAGGGGGAGGGGAAGAGGUAUGGAGGAAAGCGGGAUCGAGGAGGCCGGCAGCGCUCCCUCGAUGUCACUGUCGCGGUGGGUGGACGGGAGCGAGGUGGACUCGGAGUCGCCUCCGUGGUCCAUCGAGGAUGUCGACGCGGCGGGGUUCGGGGAGGAGCACCAGUCGAUGCUGCGAAGGAGGUUGGUGAAGAAGCCGCGGAGGGUGGACUCAUUGGACGUGGAGGCCAUGACCGUCUCCAACGCUCACCGGCACGGCGAAAAGGACAUCUCGAUUUGGACUACACUAGCAAUGGCAUUUCAGACUCUUGGUGUUGUCUACGGUGACAUGGGAACAAGCCCUUUAUAUGUCUUCAGUGAUGUAUUCAGUAAAGUUCCAAUAAAUUCAGAAGUAGAUGUGCUGGGCGCUUUAUCACUUGUGAUGUACACAAUUGCACUGAUUCCUUUUGCGAAAUAUAUAUUCAUUGUGCUGAAGGUUAACGAUAAUGGUGAAGGAGGGACUUUUGCAUUGUAUUCACUAAUAUGUAGAUAUGCAAAGGUUAAUCUACUUCCAAAUCAACAACGUGCAGAUGAAGAUAUUUCCAGCUUUAGACUAAAACUGCCAACUCCCGAGUUAGAAAGAGCAUUAUGUAUAAAAGAAAUGUUGGAAAGAAGGUCCUGUUUGAAACGAGUGUUGUUGCUAUUGGUUCUUAUGGGUACCUCUAUGGUUAUUGGCGAUGGCAUUCUUACUCCGUCUAUGUCAGUUAUAUCUGCAGUGAGUGGUCUGCAAGGUGAAGUUCCAGGAGUCAAUGAAGAUGCUGUAGUCAUAGUUUCAAUCAUAAUUCUCAUAGUUUUGUUCAGCAUACAAAGGUUUGGGACAGGCAAAGUGGGUUUCAUGUUUGCUCCGAUUCUGGCACUCUGGUUUUUCAAUCUGGGGUCUGUUGGAAUAUACAACAUACUUAACUAUGACACUACUGUCCUAAGAGCACUCAACCCAGCAUACAUCUAUUUCUUUUUCAAGAGAAACAGCACUAAAGCAUGGUCUGCUCUUGGUGGUUGUGUUUUGUGUAUCACAGGAGCUGAAGCAAUGUUUGCUGACCUGGGGCAUUUCUCUGUGAAGUCUAUACAGAUAGCCUUCACAUCUUUAGUCCUUCCUUGCCUUCUAUUAGCUUAUAUGGGUCAAGCUGCAUAUUUGAUGAAAUUUCCAUCUUCAGCAGAUAGAAUUUUCUAUGAUUCUGUCCCAGAGAUUUUAUUCUGGCCUGUUUUUGUUAUUGCCACACUUGCUGCCAUGAUCGCUAGCCAAGCCAUGAUAUCGGCGACAUUUUCCUGCAUCAAGCAGUCCAUGGCUCUCGGCUGCUUUCCCAGGCUUAAGAUAAUUCAUACAUCCAAGAGAUUCAUGGGUCAGAUCUAUAUACCCGUCAUCAACUGGUUCCUGAUGGUCAUGUGUAUAAUCAUUGUUACUACUUUCAGAAGCACCACCGAUAUCGCCAAUGCAUAUGGAAUCGCCGAGGUAUUGGUGAUGAUGGUGAGCACUUCAUUAGUGACACUUGUGAUGCUUCUUAUAUGGCAAACCAAUCUGUUCCUUGCUCUAUGUUUCCCUGCCAUAUUCGGCACGAUCGAACUUAUUUACCUAUCUGCAAUUUUCUCGAAGAUAAAGGAAGGCGGAUGGCUUCCGCUUGUUUUUGCUACGUUCUUCCUCUGUCUUAUGUACAUUUGGAACUAUGGUAGUGUGCUGAAGUACCAAAGCGAGGUUCGGGAGAAGAUAUCCAUGGACUUCAUGUACGAGCUCGGGUCGAGUCUUGGCACCGUCAGGGUUCCCGGGAUUGGACUCAUGUACAAUGAACUAGUCCAGGGCAUUCCUUCCAUGUUCGGACAGUUUCUACUCACUCUCCCUGCAUGCCACUCCACUCUUGUUUUCGUAUGCAUCAAGUAUGUCCCGGUUCCUGUCGUUCCUCAAGAGGAGAGGUUCUUGUUUCGCAGGAUAUGCCCAAAGGAUUACCAUAUGUUCCGCUGCGUCGCACGCUAUGGAUACAAGGAUAUCCGUAAGGAAGACCACCAUAUGUUCGAGCAGCUCUUGGUAGCGAGCCUUGAAAAAUUCCUACGAAGAGAAGCCCAAGAACUUUCACUCGAGAUGAGUCUCCCUAUCAUUGAGGAUGACGACGAGUUUGUGAGUUCCCAAAUUGGAGUUGAUGAGCUGCAAGUUCCAUUGCUGUCUGACAAGGGAGCUCACAGAGGUCAAUCUUCAACAUCUGAAGGGAGUUUUCUGUCGUUCCAUUUGGAGGAGGACACCGGUUUGGAAUACGAAAUCGCAGCGCUAAGAGAAGCAAUGGAUUCCGGAUUCACAUACUUGUUAGCUCACGGAGAAGUGCGGGCGAGGAAGGAGUCCUGGUUCUUGAAGAAGCUUGUCAUAAACUACUUCUAUGGAUUCAUGAGGAGGAAUUGCCGAGCGGGAGCUGCCAACUUAAGUGUUCCACACAUGAAUAUCAUUCGUGUCGGUAUGACUUACAUGGUAUGAUCUUUGCGGACUCGUAUCGGGGAGAAAUGCACGACACAUUAAGAGUACCAUCUUCUUGCUUAUCGAUAGUUGAUUUGUAACCAAACGUAGAAUGUUUUCCCCCCUUCUUUUAUCUGUUUCAAAACUAAAGCUACAUCGAAUGCUAUGAAGGAUA